AUUAUCCUUUAGGGGGUGCUGAAAGGGCUAGGGCUUGGCUGGUGUGCUGCAAAUUAGUAUUACGGCUUUGAUAAUUAUGGUUAUCGCUUAUGGACCCUAAAAUACAAGGUUUCAUGCCCCAGGACCCAGAGCUCUCAGCUCCUCAAGCCUCAGAUACUCUAUUUCUUUUCAUAAAUAAAUGGCCAGGGCCCUGUUUCACCAUCCCUAUGCUACGUGAGCUGCAGGCUGAGGCUGCAGCGCGCUAGGAGCUAUGGCAUACCAUAUAGUCACUUGAAAGUUUAAUGACGUUGCGUGUGAUUCGCUAGCUUAUAAUAAAUCUUGUUUGGAACAGAGGUCCAAAAGAUCCAAGUAGGGCCAAGAACAGAGGUUUGAAGUCAAAUACUGUAAGCAUUCUGUUCUGCUGGCACUGCAGCGCUGUGGUGCGCUAGCUCUUCGCAGUGACGUCAUAGCAUAGCAUCAGUGAAGUUUGUUGAUAUGGCCAUGAAAAUGUAACGCACUGACAUGCGCAGCCACUGCAGCCCUGCCGUGAAACACUGCCCAGGACCAGGUUGCUAGCAAAUGCAAGUGGCAUGGGAGUUGUGACUGUAUCUGAUGCAUGAGAUUUGUGCCAGGUUGAUAUUUGUCUUAGGUCAGUAAUACCACCCUAAGUCAAAGGAAUGAAAUGGACUGCUUCCGGGCAUACUUGGGGUAGUCCUUAGUCCAGCUUCAUUUUUUAAAUGUAGGUACCUACCUAUGUCACUCAUGAGUCAUGACUCAUGUGAAAGCCGUCAUGGAAUCAAACGCACCAGACUUCUUUGUUGUUAGAAGAUGUUCAAUAAUUACUAAACCCCAGAAACUGGCUCAUGGCUGAGCUGAAGGACAACCUUGCUGAGGAAAUAAAACCAAAGUGCUAAGUGCUUGAAGCUAGGACACCAUAUAUAAAUGCUAUUUUUAUAAUUUAUCAGCAUGAUGUAUUUACCUUAAGUAUUUACCUUAAGUAAAUGUCAUUGGGUACCCUUUCGAGUAAUCAGACCCUUUACUCAAGAGAUGCCUCCUCUUCUUCUGACAAAGAUGAGUAGGCUGCCAUGCUAGGUGAGGCCAUACAUUGAUGGCCACGAUGAUCAUUAGUAUGAGAACUUGUAGUUGAACUUUUCAGGGUGGUCCUUCCAUUCCUUCCCCAGUCUGAUGUGAAUAAAUUUAUGUGCUGCAUCCACCUAGCCCAUUGCUAUAUAAUUUUAUGGAAGGUUGUAGUUCAAGGUAUUGAUCAGACUUCACACUGUCUUGUGAUCUAUUCAGCCCAUAGUUUCAAUCAUCAUUAUCAAGAGGAAGGACAAUGUCAGCAGACGCUCAUACAGAAGAAAUAACUCAACUGAUUAAGAAUAUUUUAAAUAAAGAAACCAGAGAGGCAGCUCUGAAGCAACUUAGCAAGAAGAGAGAGACGGUGUCGGACCUGGCGCCGAUGCUGUGGCACUCGGGCGGCACCAUCACCGCCCUGCUGCACGAGAUCGUCAGCAUCUACGGCCUCAUUCACCCGCCGACGCUCACCGCCAUGGACAGCAACCGUGUGUGCAACUCGCUGGCGCUGCUGCAGUGCGUCGCCUCCCACCCCGAGACACGAUCGCCCUUCCUCUCGGCGCAGAUUCCUCAGUACCUGUACCCGUUCCUCAGCACCAGCAGCACGGCCCAGCCAUUCGAGUUCCUGCGGCUUACGAGCCUCGGGGUAAUCGGCGCGCUGGUCAAGACGGAUGAACGCGAAGUGAUCGACUUCCUGCUGACCACGGAGAUCAUCCCUCUGUGCCUGCAAAUCAUGCAGCACGGCACGGAGCUCAGCAAGACUGUGGCCACCUUCAUCCUGCAAAAGAUUCUCAGCGAUGACACUGGACUGUCGCACGUCUGUCAGACAUACGAACGGUUCUCCCACGUGGCUCGCACUCUGGGCAAUAUGGUCAUCAACCUGGAGAAGGAGAAGUCGGCGCGCCUGCUGAAGCACGUCAUCCGCUGUUACCUGCGCCUCUCAGACAACCCGAGAGCCCGUGAGGCGCUGCGCUCGGUCCUGCCGGACCAGCUGAAGGGCGACACGUUCGACGGCUGUCUGGAGGACAGCUCGGUCCGCAACUGGCUCACCCUGCUGCGCAAGGCGCUCGACGAACCGGUCGGUCCCGAUCAGGGCAUGGCCGCCGCCGCUGCUCUCCACUGAGGCGGGUCACUCUCCUCAGAAGGCACUCUGCGGUGACGGUCAGUCCGUUCAACGUGCGCUGCGGCAUCUUCUGUGCUCCAUUAGAACUGGGUACAGUGUCCGCAAGUGUGCCAGGCCGAUGGCUCCACGCAGCUUCUCCGCCUUAGCCGAUGCCUGAUGGAAGACGUAGUUUGUAGCCUUCUUGUAGUUAGUGAAUCUCCUUCGACGCCGCUCACUGGCACGGGCGCGCACGAUCAAUAGCGGGAGGUGGUAGGAGGGACGAACUGCAAUCAGUGCCUCAUGGUCGCUGGACAUGGAGCUGGAUGAUCCGGCCAGUCUUCUAGCACGAUUUCGUACGACGUAGCCGUAUUUGGAAGAAGAGAUGAACGGUUGUUUUAUCUGCCGUUCGUGAAUGUUAGACAAAUGACAUCAAACUUUGCGUACAACCGGUGUUUUUAUAAUCUACUAGACAGCGUACAAGUUUUAGGGAAAUGAUUAGAGAAACUCUUGUCAAGCUUUAGUCCAGAAGGACCGGUGCGUUUGAUUCAGAAUGUUCGUUACUUUGAGUAAUUAAAAUUAAGACUUUCACUCUUGAUAGUGCUUUUCAUGUUUGUAUGCGCCUAUGAUGUGAUGCUGUAACCCAGCUGUAAUAGUUUGGGGGGGAAUCUUGCUCUACUACGCUU